CCUAUAGGGAAGCGAAAGUUAACACGGGAGCGAGCUUUCCUGAUUGGUUUUCGCAAGCCAGACAAAACAAAGUCUCGAGGCUUUUGACUUUAAUUAAAACCUUCAGCUCCUGAAGUGUGCAUCUUAAUAUAUCCGUCGAGAAAUACGGCGAACUAUCCGGAAGAGGUUAUAAGAAAUGGAUCCUUGAAGAUUUGUAUUUUGGUUUUUCUUGAACUCAUUUCGGACGGAAGAGAAAUCAGUGCUUUAUUUAUCAGAGAUGACUUCUGAAUAACCUUCGAUAAGUCUCGAUAUGUUACAAUCUGUUCCAUGUACACCACGCAUAGAUAAAAGUUCCUGUUUUCUGAGCAGUCCGCUGUCCAUAACAGCAGUGGAACCCUAAUCAGUUAUCUGCAAUUCAUCUGAAAGUCAUAUAGUUACAAGUAUUAUACACAAACCAGAUUAUUGUUUGGGCCAUACAGGUGUGACAUCUGAUGUGUAUAUAUUGCAAAUAAACAUGAAAUCAGUGACUACUUAUGGUUUGCUUGUUGAAUGUUUUUGGUUUGCUCUGUUUUGUGGAUCUGCUACACAUUUAUUGGCUGAUAGUAUUCAUCAUAAAUGGGAAAAAUUAUACUUAGUUCAUCAUUGGCCAGUGACUGUAUGCAUGAUGAACGAAAUGAAUGCAAAGAACCACCAAUGUACUGGACAAUCCAUGGAUUCUGGCCUGAUAAAGCUGCAGAAUGUAAUAGAAGUUGGCACUUCAAUAUAUCUGAACUUAAGGAUUUUAUGGAAGACAUGAACGAAUAUUGGCCAGAUGUACUACAUACAAACCAUACUUAUUUAUGGAGACAUGAAUGGGAAAAACAUGGGACAUGUGCAGCUGAGUUAGAGGCUCUUAACUCACAAAAAAAGUAUUUUCAGAAGACACUGGAACUCUAUAGAAAAAUUGACCUUAACAGUGUUCUCUCGAAAGUUGGGAUAACGCCAGGCUCUACUUACUAUCAGCUGACAGUCAUCAAAGAAGCUCUUGAAAAUUUUUACAAUAUAAUGCCAAAGAUUCAGUGUAUUCCUCCUGAAGAGGGACGGCUACAAGUAAUAGGCCAGAUUAAAUUCUGCUUUACCAAGGAGUUUACUCUGAGAAAUUGUACAGAGGAACAAUCUGGUUUAUCUUCUGCACUUGAAGACAACUUUUACAGAUCAGAGGAUCUGUCAGUUUGUAAUGAUACUCUGACUUAUUACUCUUCACAUAUGAAAACCUACAAACAUUUUGUUGCAAAUGUUGUUGUAAUUUAGGAAAGUUGAACUUUUUAAAAUUCUGGUGGGGAACAAUUAUGCAUUAGAUUUAUAUAGCAGGGCAUCUGUGAAGCUAGUAUUAAGAACUUUCUUUGUGUUUUGAUUGAUGACUGUGAUGACUGCUUGUUUCGCUAAAAUUGCUGUCCAUAGUAUAUGAUGUAUUCUUUCUUCAAUAAAAUUGGCUUAUUUUUCACUUUU